CAUUGACGGUGUUUUGUUGUCUUUUUUUAUCCGAUUUUCAUUUCAAACUGUAAAUAAACAACCCAAACUUGUGUAAAAUUCAGCUGCCGGAGUAAUAACUGAUUCGUAAAAAUACUAAAUGGAGUUCAAUAAGGAUGAGUACGAGGAGGAGGAGUAUUUGGAAGAGCCGGGAGACAUGGAUUCUGAUCAUCACGAUAAUGAAUGGUUUCCUCAACAACAAACACCCUCUCCGCAGCCUUUGUGUUCUCAGGACCCGUUACCGAUUCCAGAUGAUUUGAGUGAAGUGAACCAUUUUCUCCCCGUCGAUGGUUCCGACGAUGACGACCAUUCAUGUUUUAAUUGCUCGAUAGUAUCCGAUGGCGCUGCGGAGAACUAUUUGUACUUUUUCAAAGCAACAAUGUUCCGUCGGCUUUAUCGAGGUCAGAUGCGCCCAAGAGAAGUGGGAACUAAGAAUGUUUUUGGAGAUUCUGUUGAAGACGUAAUUAAAUGCAUUUGGAAGUUGUCUGUAGCGCAUGUAUCGAGACAAAUCAAUUCUGAUGAUGAUGGACCAAAGUGGGCUGAAAAGCAAGUCCCGGACCAAGAAGAUAUUGAGAAGUUCGUCACGAUGCAAGAUCAAAUGAAAAGGAAGGCCUACACUAUUUCUGGAGUCACUCCUCGAUUGCUCAUUUCAUGGAGAGGCAAGCAAAUCAAAAUGUUCAUUCAUGCAUAUUCGGUAAAUGUUGAAACCAACCCUCAACACCAAAUGGUCCUCAAACAGUUAAUUGCACCCAACAAUCCAGAUCGUUCGGGAGCUCAUUCGACCCGGGAUGAUGCAGCUCUAGCAAAAGAGUUGAAGAACAACCAUCCUGAACUGGAAGGCCAUCACAGUUCCUGGUUGUUAUGGGCCAACACAAUUCAUUCGUUAGCGGCGCAUAAACAAGAGGAAAUGAAAAAUGCUCCGUCGCCUCCUUUGGAACUUGCGAAGUUUUUCAGGUGGGCUGGCGUCUCGGAAGCAGCCCGACUACAAUCUGUUCAUCGGGGGCAUCAGUGGCUCAUGCUGUAAAUGGGGGAUGGAUGAAAGAUGUUGAGGAAGUUUUUCAAGGCAUUUCUUCGGCGGUUUCCAUUCUUUCGAAUGUUGCUCGUAAAUUGGAAGGAAUGAUUGCGAAAGGAAAAGCAGCUGAAGAAAUUAUUAUUGCUCUCCAAUCUGCAGUUCGCCCUGAGAAGACAGAGGUAAGUAAAGUCCUGGCUGACAGUGUAACUGACUGUCCAGAUGUUGAUCACAUGAACGAUGUAAUUUGAAUGAAA